UGGGGGCUUUUGCCCAAUUUGAAUUGCUAAAAAUAUAACGCAACCAAAACCUGAGAGCCCUCAUUUUCCUUCGCCCCCCGGCUUCGCCAUGUCGUCGUCGUCUUCUACUUCCACUGGUAUUCCUCGAGAGCUUGUUAAGAAGCGUUGGCUAGGGUUUCUAAUCUGGCAGUCGAUCGCCUCCGCCGUUCUCCACCUUCCCAACUCCAUCUUCUUUCUCCGCCAACACCCCUCACCCUCCUCCCCAGCCGCCGUAUUCCUCCUCUCCUUCCUCGCCUUCCACCUCUCUCUUCUUCUCCUCUCUCUCGCCCUCUUUAUUGUCGUCUCUCCACACCCUGACCCAUCGGCUUCCCUCCCUGAGCUCGCGGCCGCAAGCUUCCGCUACCUCCUCAAAGCCCUUGUUGGCGGCUUCUCCCGUCCCUCCUUCACCGCCCACUUUUCCCUCCGGGCUCGGCGAUCGCUUGUAUCUGUCCUCUUCUUACUGAUAUGUUCCGCAGCUGGGUCCCUUAUUCUACUUGGCAUCUGUGGGUUACCACAGGUACUGGAUUUGGCGAGUCUGGUUGACAUAGGACUGAGAGGGGUGGUUUUUGGGCUGGUCUACUGCCUCCAUUAUAUUUAUAGGAAGAGAUGGGUCCUUAACUUUCCAAUCAUUCAGCGUCCUCUUUUCUACAGCUUCAAAGUUGGUCUAUCUUCUGCACUCAAGAGAGCUUUUAAGUUGUCAGUUCAAACACAUGUUUGGUCGUUCAUUAUAAUAUUACUCUUGCCCGAUCAAUUUAAGACCAUUAACAUGAUAGGAGAAUUCAUGGUUCAGCAGAUCAGAUUUUACAUUGGAACUUUAAUUGCUUCUAUUUGCUGGGAGAUAAGCCAUCACCUACUCCAGGUUGUACAUACCAGGAGGUGCAUGCUUGCUCCUCCCAAAGGAUCAGUUGUUGCAGAAAGAAAUCCUAGUGACUUUCUGCUAGAAAGUUUGGAACAAGACAACUCACACCUCAUACAGUAUCUUGCAUAUCUUGAUCUAUGUAUUGUAUCAGAAAGCAAUGCUGAAUCAUGGCGUCGUGCAGCCAUUUUUGAACAAACUGGUGAAACCUACAAAAGGGUUAUAAAUGUAUGCUUGAAGCCUCUGGAACAACUCAUAUCAAGACUUGCUGAAGGUUUUGAAGGUCUUUCCAUAGACAAUUCAGAUUGCUUGUCCAAACAAUUAAAUUCGCCUCUGGAUGUGAAAACUGACUUGAGUCUUCAUGAAGCUUUUAAUGAUUUUCAGAAAUGCUCAUGGUGUGCAAGGUCUCUAGGAGCAUUGACUGCAAGGUCUCAUUCGGAGGACAGAUAUGGGGUUGCUCAACUUACUGGUUGCAACAAAGCAGUUGUGACUACAUUGUUGUCUUGCUUGCUUGCGGUGGAGGCCUGCCUGGGAAAGAAAACUUGUGCUCCAUCAGCACACUUGCUGGGUGCUGCAAACAUCAGGUGGGCAACAUUUAAUGCGGGGAAAGGAUACGAAACGUUUGCAGUGGCUACUAAAAGAAAGAAACCCUUGCUGUAUGCUAAGGCAUAUGCCUUGGCUGAUGUUGUUAGAACAUCGCUUUACCAAAUUGUUUCUGCCUUUGAGAUUGAUAUGCAGGCAAAUGCAAGAAACUCAGUUUUGGAGAAGAAUUGGAUUAAUGAUGGGAAGCCUCUAUAUGGUACACGUGAGAUCCUUGUAUACAAGCUGCAUCUUUUUUUGGAAUAUCGUGCAAUCUAAAGAUACACUCGCUGUCACAUUACCAACUUGAUUGUCAGUGUGGAACAUUUCGCAUUUGUUGAUUUAACCCUUUUUACGGAAUUAUUAGAAUAUUUUCCUACGCUAGUGGAAGAUUUUUAUGUACAAGGCUUCAGGGGCGACCUACCAUGUAAAAGUCCCCCAUGUUCUGGUAUUAUUCUACAUAUCUUGUUCGACAA